CCUCGAUGCCUUCACGGAUGAAGAAGACCAAAGCAUAUCCCACAUCAUGCUCCCCGAUCUAUAACUGAACACAAUGGAUUUUAGUUGCAUCGGCGACUCUUUGGAAUUUGACGAACAAUUUCCGGAGGAUCUUGCUUUCAUGCACGCCAAUGGCGUGGCAUUCAGAGUGUUUACUACCUGGAAUAUCUGGGCCGAAGUAUCUCCGACGUAUGCGUCUCGAGGUCAUCUUACCGAAUGGCCGUCCACCCUACCACAGGUACUGCCGCGCCGCUUUUAACGAACACCAAGCACUGUGUGAUCCAUUUCGGCAAUGCGAUCGAGCUUUGGAGUCCACCAGGCUCAUCAACAUAUGAACUCUCCAGCGAGGAUGGAAUGAAAGAGGACAUGUAUCACACUGGCGAAUAUUUGCUCGACAUGUACAAGAUUCACAGUUUCGCCUUAGAAGUAGGUCAGGGUGCUCAGUGGUUGCCGGCAUACGUGCCGAAUAUCCCUUGCAGAAACAGCAUGAAGUUCAUGGAGCAUGGUUCAAUCGCAUCCAGGACACGGUGGAUCAGAACGAGUUUAUUUGUGCGCAGAAAUGCUACAUCGUCGGUCAGAUGUGCGUAACAGGUGUAGAUAUGCUCGAUUCGACUCUGCUAUUCUGGAACCAUCGCUGCAUUACUGUCUGCUUGUAUGUGAUAUUGUUUCGUCAGUUGUAAUUAAGGGCC